GAGAGUCAAAAGCACAAUCCCCUACAGUUAACGUACGAACGACCCGAAACCAGAUGCCUCCAAACAGAGGAACAAUCCUAUGCAUGUAAUACAGCCAAGCGGCUUCCAACUUACUUUACAUCCCUAAAAGUUCCUAAUCUUUUCGUCCAAAUUUAAUAGAAACAAGAUUAUCGGUUCACCAGCGCUUUGCAGGAUUUUUAUUAAUAAAAUUUUAAUUAUAAUUUGAUAAAACAAUAUUCAUUUUUAAUUUGUGUUAAUAAAUGUCGUCCAUUUUAGUUUUUUUUUUAUUUACAAUAAACACAUCUACAAGCAAGUGGAAUAUAUCCUUAAUUACUUUGUAUUUUGAGGAUGUCCGUAUCAUUCGAUCCAAAAACUUGUGUUUUACGCAAUAGACCCUCAAAUGAUAACUACAUUUGACGUGAUUUGCACAGGAUACUAAAACACCAAGCUACCUAUACAAAAUCAGAAACACAUAAUAUUACAGAAAACAAAGUUUCAUAUAUUUUUGAAAAAAGAAAAAGAAAAAUAUAUAUACAUGAAUUUUAUUUCUUUAUUCAUUCAUAUAUAAACUUAUAAGAACACAAGAUCUUAUUGAAAUGUAGAAUUAAUAGCACACGGUUUCAACAAAAUCCAAAUCGUACUAGUUAAGUCAAUCCUAUCAAUAUCCAAAGUUGUUAAUAUGUGAUCAAAUAAGACAAACAGAAACUAUAGAUGAUUAUAAUAUAAGAUAAUAAAGCUUCAAGAAAGUAAGAUGAGAGUUCCUUCUCCAAAACUUAAAAAUAUCCACUCACAACCAACACCAAACGGCUACAUCACUUUGGCCGACCACAAGAUCUUGCACUUGAAGUAAAAGAAAUACUCAAUUCCUCAUCAUUUUAAGUCAUUAAUGUAAGUUAAUUAAUAUAUUUAAACAAUAAGAGAGGCAAAAGGUGAGAGAGUAUCACUUUUCGGCUUGAUCUGGUUCAAUUCCGUGGAAACCAUUCUGAUCUGUCGACUUGAUUCAGAAAAUCAGAUAGACCAAAUUUUUUUUUGAAUAACUUUAUAAUAAUAUUUAUCCAACUAUUUUAUAGAAUAUAAUUUUAAAAAUAUUCUAACGUUUCUCUCUAAUUUAUGACGGAUGUAAGAGUUUAUUUGGCGUACUUGGUUUAUUUGAUUUGAGGAUAUAUAAACCAAUUUAUCUAUACAGUUCCUUAAUUGAUUCGGUAUUUGUUCGGUUUGUUUUGUAUGUUUUGCUUCAAAUUUCCUCCUGUACCAAAUAAGCUGAUAAAAAUUAACAAUAAGAGUAGUAAUCAUCCUCUCCACCAAUAAACAACUAUAAUCAUCACAAAAAGCUUCUUAAGAACCCUCGACCACUUCUCUUCUCUUCUGAACAUAGAAACCACACACACACACAAAAUCACAAACAGAAAGAUAAAAGAAAAAAUGAGCACAGCAAGAUUCAUCAAGUGUGUGACUGUCGGAGAUGGAGCCGUGGGGAAGACUUGUAUGUUAAUUUCAUAUACCAGCAAUACUUUUCCUACGGAUUAUGUUCCGACAGUUUUCGACAAUUUCAGUGCGAACGUGGUGGUCGAUGGAAGUACGGUCAACCUCGGCCUCUGGGAUACUGCCGGGCAGGAGGAUUAUAACAGGCUUCGGCCUUUGAGUUACAGAGGUGCAGAUGUAUUUUUAUUGGCAUUUUCCCUAAUUAGCAAAGCCAGUUACGAGAAUAUUUACAAAAAGUGGCUGCCGGAGCUGAAACAUUAUGCGCCUACCAUCCCCAUUGUGCUCGUCGGAACCAAAUUAGACUUGAGGGAUGACAAGCAGUUCUUGAAAGAUCAUCCAGGAGCAGCUUCUAUAACAACUGCUCAGGGAGAAGAACUAAGAAAGAUGAUUGGAGCCGUCAGGUACUUAGAAUGCAGCUCCAAAACCCAACAGAAUGUGAAGUCAGUGUUUGAUACAGCGAUCCGGGUAGCUUUGAGGCCACCAAAGGCAAAGAAGAAGAUAAAGCCCUUAAAGACCAAGAGAUCAAGAACAUGCUUUUUCCUCUAAUAUUUCCGAAUUUAAAUAAUACAAGUAUUUCGUUUUUUUUUUGUUUUUUUGUAAUGACAAAAGGGAUUUAUUCGUCAUAAACAAUUUCAUGCCACCAGAGGCUGUUUCACGCUGAGAAAUAAUGGAUCACAUGACAGAGGUUAAUUAUAUAUAUAUAUAUGUCAGUGUUUUUCCAUUCA